AAUUUCAGGGUUUACAAGGAGAGAAAUUUCAUCUUGUCGGCGAAAUCUCAAAGUGGUUUUAAGGUUUUGCCCAAAUGUCUCAGAGACUUCAUGUUUGCAAAAAAUGUGGAAAAAAGUUUGCAACUUUAAAAGGUGUAUAUGGUCACCAGAGGAUUCAUUCUGGUAAUUACAAUAGAAUCGAAGAUGAUAAUGGUUUGCAAAAGAUUUGGGGUCUUAAGAAGUCUAGGGUUUGCUCUGUUUCAGCUUCUGAUCGAUUUAAAGGAUCUUCUUUUAUGACUGAGAUUGAGAAACAUGAGGUGAUUGAAGCUGCAAUGAACUUGGUUAUGUUGUCUCGACGAGUUUAUGACUUUGCUUCUAUCAGAAAUUUGCCUCUGGGUGAUGAUUUCAUGGAUUUAGAGCUUAAACCUAGUCCUUUGAGAAGUAAAUUGCCGAAAAAAACUCAGUCCAGCUAUAAAUGUCGUAUAUGUGACAAGAGUUUUGUGUGUUCUCAAGCUCUUGGUAGCCACCAGAGACUUCACAGAUCGAUGAAAGGGCAUUUAGUGCGUAAAAGGGAGUACUUUGAAGAUAAUAGUUCACUGUUAGACUCAUCAGAAGCUAAGAUGAUCGUUUCACAACCAUCAAGCGUUGAAGUCUCUCAGGAGAAGAUCUUACAUUGUGCUGAGUCCAAACUAGAUGACUUCAGCGAACAGCUUGCUCACUCGGAUUUCGACAAGUCUAGUAGUUGCAGUAAAACCAGGUUCAGUGCAUUACAUUCUCCUAUGAGAAGUAAAUCUCACUUCAGCUAUAGAUUCAAAAUAUGUGGCAAAAGUUUUGGGUGUUCUCAAGCUCUAGGUGGUCACCAAACACUUCACAGAUCGAUUAGAGGACAAUUAACGAGUAAAAAGGAGUAUACUGAAGAUGAGAAUUUGCUGUCUGACUCAUUAGAAGCUAAGAACAUUGUUACACAACCAUCAAGCUUUGAAGUCUCUGAAGAGAAGAAGAGCUUACAAUGUGUUGAGCCGAAACUAGAGUUCCACGAACUGCUUGCUCACUCGGGUUUUGACAAGUCUAGUACUUUCAGUAAAACCAGGUUUACUGCAUUACCUUCUGCUCCAGACGCUAAGAAGAGUGUUUCACAACCAUCAAGCUUUGAAGCCUCCGUGGACGAAAAUAUCUUACAUCGUGUUGAGCAGAAACUAGAGUUCAGCAAACAACUUCCUCACUCGUGGUUCGACAAGUCUAGUAGUUGCAGUAAAACCAACAGUUGGCAACACCCGCCGGCACCGGCGAUGCAGCCACCGGAAAUGAAUCAGUCGACGGCGGUUGAUGCGUAUUACGCUUCAUAUUGUGCUUACUACGCCAAUCCAGACCCUAAUUUUAACUCUGAUCUCCAAACACAUGAAUCAUUAGCUAUUGCAGUUCCACCACCGCCUGGUGUUGUGGAUACGACGCCGUAUUACACUUUGGAUACAAAUGCUCAGAACUUAGCUUGGCAAGAGUCUGUUCGUAUGUAUAGCACCGACCCUCUUUCGAUUACAGGGCCUGAUGCUACAGGGGAGCCUCAUAGCUUAUACCCGCCGGGUGCAGGUUUCUCUUGGACCGGCCACAUAGUUCAAGCUCAACUUCCUGGAUUGAAUAAAGUGUCAAAGAAGGGAAAGGUUGUUCGAUCUGCUUACUGCAAAGUUUGUAAAGUUGACUGUAAUGGUCCGAGUGUAUUCGAGCAACAUAUAUUGGGGAAGAAACACCUGAAGAACUUGGAGAAAUUGAAAACAUGUUUACUGUCGUCAAACACAGAUUCUUUUUUGCCUGGACCAACAGUUGCGAUCCCUUUAAUAGGACCACAAGAAAACCCGUGUAAAAGCAAUGCUAGGAAGAAAGGUGCGGAAUCAACAACAGAAGAUCUAGAAACAAAGAGACGGAGAGUCGUGGAAUGUGGGGUAUCAAAUGAGUCGAUUAGACUGUGUAGAAUAUGCAACGUAGUUUGUAAUAGCGACACGGUUUACAAUGAUCAUUUGGACGGUCAGAAGCACGCCACUAAGGCAGCGAAGGCCCCUGUAAAUACCUAGACUCUUGGAUCUUAUUUCUAACAUUCAUU